GUACCUUCUUCGUACCUAAACCCACUAAAACCCUUUGCAGCCUUUCUUUCUUUCCGGUUUCAACUAUCUUCGUCGGCUACAUCUGCUAUUCGACUCAACAAUCUUCCUUUGGUAGUUCUUUUGUAAACCCUAAAGAAUGAUGGAUUUAGAGUUUGCAUUUGAACCUCCAAGUGAUGAGGAAAUCGAUUAUGACGAUGUGAGCAGCGGUGGAGAAGACGAAGAAGAAGAAGAAGAAAACAGCGAUGUAGAAGAAAAAAUAAAAACUAAAAAGAAGACACAGUCUCCGUGGGACUUUUCUUCUUACACUGAAUCGGUUGCUGAGGAACACGCUCGUAGAAGCACUACUUCUAUUGAUGAAAAAAUUUCGAAGCUCAUCCAACAGCGUGGUCAUGCGGGAGUAAUACCAGAAAAAGAUGAGGUCGAUGAGGAUGGCUCUUCUGAUUCUGAGCCAGACCGCCAGGAAGAUUAUAAUCCUGAAGAAGAGGAUGAGGCUCCUACCACAGCAAGUGGCGGAGAUAAUAGAUCAUUCUUUACGAAGGCAGAUGGUGUUUCCUUUCAUGCAAAUUCUUUCAUCGAUCUCCACCUUUCUAGGCCACUGCUUCGGGCUUGUGAAGCCUUGGGAUACACCAAACCAACUCCUAUUCAGGCUGCGUGUAUACCCUUGGCACUUACUGGACGUGACAUAUGUGGUAGUGCAGUAACAGGCUCUGGGAAGACAGCUGCCUUUGCUUUGCCAACACUUGAGAGAUUGUUGUUUCGUCCCAAACAUAGACCUGCAAUUAGGGUCCUUAUUCUUACUCCUACAAGAGAGUUGGCAGUCCAGAUUCAUAGCAUGAUUGGAAAACUUGCACAGUUUGUUACAGACAUCAGAUCUUGCCUUAUUCUUGGAGGGCUUCCAGUGAAGGCUCAAGAAGCAGCAUUGAGAUCCAUGCCAGAUAUAGUGGUGGCCACCCCAGGACGUAUAAUCGAUCAUUUACGCAAUUCUAUGUCUGUAGAUUUGGAUGAUCUUGCGGUUCUAAUCCUUGAUGAAGCAGACCGUCUUCUUGAACUUGGAUUUGAAGCCGAGAUUCGUGAACUGGUUAGACUUUGCCCCAAACGAAGACAGACUAUGCUGUUUUCAGCUACUAUGACUGAGCAAGUUGACGAGCUUAUUAAAUUGCUACUGAACAAACCAUUGCGUCUUUCUGCUGACCCAACCACAAAGCGUCCGUCAACUUUAACAGAGGAGGUUGUUAGAAUACGGAGGGCGCGUGAAGGAAAUCAAGAAGCUGUUCUUCUUGCAUUGUGUUCUAAGACAUUUACAUCCAAAGUGAUCAUAUUCAGUGGAACAAAACAAGCAGCACAUAGGUUAAAGAUUUUAUUCGGUUUAGCUGGCUUUAAAGCUGCCGAGCUUCAUGGAAAUCUCACACAGGCACAGCGUUUAGAUGCAUUGGAACUUUUCCGAAGGGAGGAAGUUGAUUUUUUGAUAUCUACUAACGUUGCUGCUCGUGGGCUUGAUAUUAUCGGAGUUCAAACGGUUAUCAACUUUGAGUGCCCACGUGACCUUACUAGCUAUGUUCAUCGAGUGGGUCGGACUGCUAGAGCUGGUAGAGCAGGCUAUGCUGUUACUUUUGUCACUGAUAAUGACCGGUCUCUCCUAAAAGCUAUUGUAAAAAGAGCUGGUUCGAAGCUUAAGAGUCGUGUUGUUGCCGAGCCGUCAAUAACCAAAUGGAGCCAGAUAAUUGAGCAAAUGGAAGAUCAAGUAGCAGAAAUUCUUAGAGAGGAGAGGGAAGAAAUGGCCCUAAGAAAGGCUGAAAUGGAGGCAGACAAGGCAGAGAAUAUGAUUACACACAGGGAUGAAAUAUUUUCUCGUCCCAAGAGGACUUGGUUUGUUUCAGAGAAGGAGAAAAAACUUGUCGCUAAUGCUGGAAAGGAGGCCGAAAAAGGUUCUAAAAAGAAGAUGAUGAGUGCUGAAGAAGCUGAAGAGCGUAAGAAGAAAGAAAAGAAAAAGAGAGAGCAUGAGAGAAAUCUUCCUCGAAAGAAAAGAAGGAAGCUUGAAGCAUCUAGAGAAAUGCUGGAAGAUGAAGCAGAAAAUGAGGGUAACAAUAGAAACAAGAAAGAGAAAUCCGGUAUAUCUCUAGUUGAUUUGGCUUAUAGACGUGCAAAAGCAGCAAAGGGUGCUAAAAAAGCAGCUGAUGCCGGGAAGGCCGUGAGGAGCAGUAAGAAAGGACUAAAGAAGUCUUCUUCUUCUCAUUCAAGUAAAUCGAGACCAGAAGAAAUGAAGGAACUUUUUCAAAGCGAUAUGAGUGAAAAGAAGCAAAAAAGAAGCGGCUCCGUUGGCAAGAAGUCUUCAUUUAAGAGCAAGUCAAGGUACAAGCGAAGGUAGUAGUGUUAAUUGAGAUGAGAAGAAACUCAUUUGUGGUCGUACAAGUUUUGGGUAUCAACUGCGGUCUUGAUCCACAGUUGCUAUAAUGUAGUUUUAUUUGAGAUGAUCUUUAUUGCACACUUGAGAUACUGCUAAAGGAACUGUUUUUCUACCUACAAUUUUGAUUAAAAGAAUGAUUUAAUGUUCU